AGUUGCAUUCCUUGGAUCUUCGCAGAAAAGCCAAUUCUUCAGACAGAGUUAGGAAUGUGGACAGUUCACAGUCGAGGGUAUUUUGGGAUUCUCUCGUUCCCCGUGAUGAUAGCCAUGGUCUGCUGUGCGCAAAGCGUUAAUGAGCCUAGCAACAUGUCAUAUGUGAAAGAGACAGUGGACAGAUUGCUCCAUGGAUACGACAUUCGCUUGAGGCCAGACUUUGGAGGUGCUCCUGUUGACGUCGGGAUGAGGAUAGACAUUGCCAAUAUAGACAUGGUCUCAGAGGUCAACAUGGACUACACACUCACAAUGUAUUUCCAGCAGUCCUGGAGGGACAAAAGGCUGUCUUACUCUGGAAUACCUCUGAACCUAACUUUGGACAACAGAGUAGCUGACCAGCUCUGGGUGCCAGACACAUACUUCCAAAAUGAUAAGAAGUCAUAUGUUCAUGGGGUUACAGUGAAAAAUCGAAUGAUUCGACUACAUCCUGAUGGAACUGUCCUUUAUGGCCUACGGAUCACAACUACAGCUGCUUGCAUGAUGGAUCUACGUAGAUACCCUCUGGAUGAACAAAACUGCACACUAGAAAUUGAAAGUUAUGGAUACACCACUGAUGAUAUUGAGUUUUACUGGAAUGGAGGGGAAUCUGCAGUAACAGGAGUUAAUAAUAUUGAGCUUCCACAGUUUUCAAUUGUUGAUUACAAGAUGGUAUCAAAAAAAGUGGAAUUUACAACAGGGGCAUAUCCUCGAUUAUCACUUAGUUUUCGGCUUAAACGAAAUAUUGGUUACUUCAUUUUGCAAACCUACAUGCCUUCCACGUUGAUCACAAUUCUAUCGUGGGUAUCUUUUUGGAUCAACUAUGAUGCCUCUGCUGCAAGAGUUGCCCUAGGAAUCACAACUGUGCUGACCAUGACCACAAUCAGCACUCAUCUCAGGGAAACACUGCCAAAGAUUCCCUAUGUAAAGGCAAUAGAUAUUUACCUAAUGGGAUGCUUUGUGUUUGUAUUUCUCGCCUUGCUGGAAUAUGCCUUUGUAAACUACAUAUUCUUUGGGAAAGGUCCUCACCGUCAAAAAAAGGCAGCUGAGAAGGCUACUGAUGAGGAGGGCAAACCAGAGAUGAAUAAAGUCCAGGUUGAUACCCGUGGAAACAUUCUUCUUACAACUCUGGAAUUAAGAAAUGAGAUCAGCAGCUCAGAAGUGUUCACAGGUAUCAGUGACCCAAAAGCCACCAUGUAUUCAUAUGACAGUGCCAGCAUCCAGUACAGAAGACCCAUAUCAAGCAGAGAACUCUACAGCAGAAGCACAUUGGACAGGCAGAUGGUUCAUAAAAAGGGGCGCUUACGGAGAAGAGCAUCACAGCUCAGAGUCAAAAUUCCAGAUCUGACAGAUGUUAAUUCUAUAGACAAAUGGUCAAGGAUGGUCUUUCCUAUCACAUUUAUUAUUUUCAAUGUAGUUUACUGGCUUUACUAUGUCCACUAAUGUAUGCACCUAUCAUCUCAUCGCUAGAUUUAUUUUCUUCCCUUCAUUUUGUUAACUCUCAAGGACUGCAGUAGCCAUAAUGCUACAUUUCCAAGGUAAGAUACGCAGCCAUUGAACAGUUCUUGUUUAAAAAAAACAAAAACAUUUAGCCAGGUUCACUUCAGAAGAGUACAGUGUCUACUCCAGCAUACUGUUAUUUGAGAUCUGUUCUUAAAGAGCAUCUUCAACAAGGAAAUAAGCGCUAUUUCUUUACUUAUCCAAAAAAAUUGUGUAUCUUCCAUGAUAUUUUCCUACUUUUUUUAAUCUGGAUUUUUUUAAGUUAAAUAAAAGACUGUCUUUUUUCCACCACAUUCUGGUAGAAUAACACUUGUCAAACAAGGCUGUAUAUUGUCUCAAAUCGGGCACUUGACAAGCUACAGCUUUCCAGCAUAAACAGGACUCAAAGACACGUGGAAAAAUACCUGUUAUAAAGAUUAUGUCUAUUUUACAUAAAGUACUGUUCAAAAGUGAGUACUUAUGCUAGCGCUGGCCUUUGACAAUGUUUGCAGGAAGUACCAGUCAAGGGUACAUAAGUCCCAACUAUCAAUUUUCCAUAAGGCUAGAAUUUUCAAAGGAGCAGAAGGGAGCUAGGUGCCCAAAUCAGGGUCACUGGAACCGGGGGCCAGAGGCCCCUAGCUCCAUCAUUUUAAAAGUGGGAGGGCUAUGCCCUCCCACUUUUUUACGGGCUGAAAGGGCAAGUGAUGGGGGGAGGGGUUUCAGGGGGAAGAGGCGGAGUUGGGGCGGGGCCUUGGGGGUGGGGGGAAGAGGCAGCGCGGGGGUGGGGCCAUGGUUCAGGCACCAGUGGCUCUUCACUUAUAGGGAGCUUCCACCACUCCUGGCUCAAAUCCCAUUGAAAUUCUAUCAGACAAAUGGCUGAUCUGAUCUUACCUGGAAUUCUGUUAU